AUGUUUUCAUUCAUCAACUCUUCAGUCAUGUCUAACACAUUUACUCUAACGGGUUACACUAGCAAACUGUCUGCUAAUUUUUAUCCACCAAUCGAGUUGAAUAUAAGUGUGGAAUACGGUCUGGGCUUGAUUGGCUUUUAUUCAUACAACACCGUAUACAAUACUGAUGAUCAACAUAAUAAAAUAUCUCUUACUCACGAGGGUGACGAGAGUAAUGUGGUAACCCUUCCUGAAGGUGUUUAUGAAAUCUAA